GGUUUCCGGCGGGAGCCGGGACUGUGGGCGGAGGUGAGGCUGCGGCUUGGGUGCUGGAGCUGGACCGGGAGCUGGCUGGGUGCUGCCCUGCCCUGUGGUACUCGCCGGAAUGCCUCACUUGGAAAACACGGUGCUUUGUCGCGAGUCCCAAGUGUCCACCUUGCAGUCCCUGUUUGGAGAGAGACAUCAUUUCAGCUUUCCAUCAAUUUUUAUUUAUGGGCAUACUGCCAGUGGAAAGACCUAUGUAACACAAACUUUGUUGAAAACUUUAGAGCUCCCACAUGUCUUUGUGAAUUGUGUUGAAUGCUUUACCUUGAGGCUGCUCUUAGAACAAAUUUUAAACAAAUUGAAUCAUCUUAGUUCUUCAGAGAAUCGAUGUCCUACCCACAUAACCUGUGAAACAUUUAAUGAUUUUGUUCGCUUAUUUAAACAAGUAACCAAAGCUGAAAGUCUCAAGGAUCAGACUGUAUAUAUCGUUCUAGACAAAGCAGAAUAUCUAAGAGAUAUGGAAGCAAAUCUUUUGCCUGGGUUUCUUAGGUUACAAGAAUUGACUGACAGAAAUGUGACUGUUCUCUUUCUCAGUGAAAUUGUUUGGGAAAAGUUUCGUCCAAAUACUGGGUGCUUUGAGCCAUUUGUCUUGUAUUUCCCUGAUUAUAGCAUAGGGAACCUUCAAAAGAUCUUGUCGCAUGAUCAUCCUCCAGAGUAUUCAGCUGAUUUCUAUGCUGCCUACAUUAAUAUUCUUCUUGGAGUUUUCUAUACCGUCUGCCGAGAUUUGAAGGAGCUCAGACAUCUGGCAGUACUUAAUUUUCCUAAAUAUUGUGAGCCUGUGGUUAAAGGAGAAGCAAAUGAACGUGAUACUCGCAAACUCUGGAGAAAUAUUGAACCUCAUUUGAAGAAAGCCAUGCAGACUGUUUAUCUCCGGGAAAUAUCAAGUUCACAGUGGGAAAAGCUACAGAAAGAUGACACAGAUCCAGCACAACUGAAAGGUCUCUCAGCAUAUACUCAUGUGGAACUUCCAUAUUACUCCAAGUUUAUUCUCAUUGCUGCAUACCUCGCUUCGUACAAUCCAGCAAGAACUGACAAGAGGUUCUUCCUUAAGCAUCAUGGGAAAAUCAAGAAAACCAACUUCCUAAAGAAACAUGAAAAGACAAGCAAUCAUCUUCUCGGUCCAAAACCAUUUCCACUUGACAGGUUAUUAGCAAUAUUGUAUAGUAUCGUGGAUAGCAGGGUUGCUCCAACAGCAAACAUCUUUUCCCAGAUUACCUCUCUAGUGACCCUUCAGCUAUUAACCCUGGUUGGUCACGACGAUCAGCUUGAUGGACCAAAAUACAAAUGCACUGUAUCUCUAGAUUUCAUCAGAGCUAUUGCUAGAAAAAUCCAUCUUUUAAUCCUCUGCCUACUUUUUAAUUGGAUUGGAUAUUUUUUUGGUGUUGAAUGAUGUAAGUUCUUUAUAUAUUUUGGAUAUUAAUUCCUUAUGAAAAAAUCUAAUUAGAAAAGAUAUAUGCACCACUAUGCUUAUUGCAGCAUUAUUUUCAAUAGCCAGGGUAUGGAGGCAGCCCAAGUAUCCAUCAAUAGAUGAAUGGAUAAAGGUGUGGUACAUAUAUGCAAUGUGAUAUUACUCAGUCAUAAAAAAAGACGAGUUCUUGCCAUUUGCAAUAACAUGGAUGGAUCUAGAGAGUAUAAUGCUAAGUGAAAUAAGUUAGGCAGAGAAAGACAAAUACCAUAUAAUUUUACUUAUGUGUGGAAUCUAAAAAAGAAACACUUUAAACAAAUUUUUUUAAUGUUUAUUUUUGAGAGAGAGAGAGACAGAUUGCAAAUGGGGGAAGGGCAGAGAGAGAGGGAGAUACAGAAUCCAAAGCAGGCUCCAGGCUCCAGGCUAUCAGUACAGAACCCGAUGUGGGGCUUGAACCUACAAACUGCAAGAUCAAGACCUGAGCCCAAGUCAGACGCUUAACCAACUGAGCCACCCAGGCAUCCCUAAAAAACAAACUCUUAAAUACAGACAACAAAUAGGUGGUGGCCAGAGGGGAAGUGGGAAGGGGAUGAAGAAGUAAAAGCUUCUAGUUACAAAGUAAAUAAUUCAUGGAGAUGAAAAAUAACAGGAAAUAUAGUCAAUAAGAUGGCAGUAAUGUUUGGUGAUGGAUAGUGACCUCACUUGUGUGAGCACUGAGUCACGUAUAGAAUUGUUGAAUCAAUAUGUCUCGUACUCCUGAAACUAAUAUAACAUUGUACAUCAGUUAUACUUAAAAAAAAAAAAAAAGUCUUCAAUAAUUUCCCAUGACUCUUAGGAUAAAAAAAAAACAGGAAUCUUUAAAGUAGCCUACAAGACCCCAAGUGAUCUGGCCCCUGCCACAUCACUUUGUUGCCCAGGCCACAUCUAGUACAAACACUGCUCUUGGUAUUUGCACUUUAACCCAGCUGGCUUUUUUUAAAUUCUUCAUAUUCACCAUUCUGCUUCCCAUCUUUGCAAAUGCAGCACUUUCCAACUCCUCCACUCCUUUAUCUAGCUAAUUGGAGCUUAACCUUUGAUGUCAUUUUAAAUGAAAAGUGUUCUUAAACCACCAUCAUCCCUCCCCCCCCCUCACACUAUACAGGUAAACUGGUCUCAUUCUUUUCUUCUGUUACUUAUCAUAGUUUUAAUUAAGUAAUUAAUUCAAUAAUUAGAUUUUAUCUUUCUUUCUACCAUAUAAGUCCACAAAGCUCAAAGCAGAGACUGUAUGUCAAUCGCUGCCUUACCUCACACUUAAACACGAUGCUUUAAAGUUAGUAUGUGCGAAAUAUAUAAAUAGUACAUAUUUUCCUAUAAUGAUUAGCAGUAAAACUUCUGAUGAAAAGGAACCAUUGUGGGCUUGUGUUUGGGGGAAGCAACAAGAAGGGGGCUAAAGAGACCGUUUCAUUCCAAACUGAGGUAUGGUGGAGAUAAGAGAUGGCAAGGAUAGUUACCAAAGAAGAGGUAGGUGUGUCUGUUGCCGACACCUGUGGUAGAGAAUGAAUUAUUAGAUCAGAGGACACAACCUAAAUGUUCAAAACAAGAGAAUGGAUCGCUAAUUUAUUGUAUGUUCUUAUUUUUGAAAAGUACUGUGCAGUUAUUAAAAAUCAUACUUUUGAAGUUUGGUAAAAACAUAAAAGUACUCUUGAUACAGGCUUAAGUGAAUAAAGCCAUUAUAUAUGGAGUUAUAUACACAAGAAAAGUAGGAAAACCUAAAGGAAGAGAGUAAUGGUCAAAACUGGCAAUUGCUGCCAGGAAAUCAAACAUCUGCUUUAAUGAUAAAACAGUCAUUUGUAACUUUAUUGGGAACACUUACAGGACUACAGUGGGUUAGAAGUCAGAGAUUAUAGUAUUUAGAAGAAAAUUGAUGCAGCAAAUAGAAUGCUUUUAAUUCAUUUGUUCAUUUAACAUUUAUUAUGUUGCUCAUUAUAAUCACUGUGCUAGGCUUUGGGGGAUAUAGCAACAAGUAUAACAGAUAUAACCUAUCCUCAUUAGCCUGUAUUCCAGUUUAUUUUUGUUUGUUUUUUGUUUUUUUGUUAGGAUUUUUAUCUACUAAAGGGGUUGUGAAGUUGUGAGAGGGGUAUUAUUAUUUAAAUAUUUGAAUAUAUUUAAAUGCUUAUGGGAAAGGGGUGAUAGAGGAGAAUCAGUGAUACGAGAGACAGAGAUUAAAGCCUCAAGUCCUUGAAAUGGUUUAUCAACAUGGCAUUUAGAAACGAGUUGAAAGAAAUAGCUCUGGAUGAGCUGGAUGAGGGAACUCUUCUUGUGUUAUAACAUGAAGAAAAAGUGGAUUCAGAUGGAGCUGAGUUUGGAAUUUGGUGGCAAGAAGUUGAGGGUAUUCUUGUGUCGUCUUUUUUGCCUGUAAAGAAGGAGGCAAAUUUGAGACCAAGGACAGAAGUAAUAGCAGUCUGAGAGGAACAUGGGUAUUUGAAAUAACUGCUGUGGGGAAUGGAAGAAAGCGCUGCCAGGAAAAGCAACUUGCUGGGAGUAUUGAGGGCCUAUUUAAGGUUCCUGACCUUGAAUUUACAGUGGUACCAGUCUGUGAAACUUGUGAUCCUCUCCAGUAGCAUUCCAUAUGUCCCUGGUACUGGGACAGCAAAGGGACAUUAUUGAAAUCACAGAGGAUUGGGGUUUUGCCAGGUGAAUUUGGUGGAUGCUAGCAAGUGAGUACUUAAAGUAAAAUAACCAUGGAGUCUGAGCUAGGAAGGGAAGGAAGGAAGUGAAGCCAGUAGAGGGCCAGUAGUUCAGUGCCUAGAAUGUAAGACUCAUGAAGUAUUUGUAGAUCAGGAGAAAGUGAAGGGGCUUGUGACCUGUUUCAAGGUGUUCCAGAUAGCUUAAAGAAAGAGCUUGGGGACCAGAGGAUAGAAUGCCUGAAUUUAUGUUUUUAGAGGUGGAAUAUUUCUGAGUGUGAUCAUUAAGAGUAGAAAAGAAUGUCAUUGGGGUGCCUGGGUGGCUCAGUUGGUUCAGUGUCCAACUUCGGCUCAGGUCAUGAUCUCACAGUUCCUGAGUUCGAACCCUGCAUUGGACUCUGUGCUGACCACUCAGAGCCUGGACCUUGCUUUGGAUUCUGUGUCUCCCUCUCUCUCUGCCCCUCCCCAGAUCGCGUUCUGUCUCUGUCAAAAAUAAACAGAUAUUAAAAAAAAAUUUUUUUUUAAAAGAAAAUGCCAUUGAAGGUAAGUAAGACAGGUGUGCAGUGAAGUCACUAAGGCUGAUACAGAUCUUGGGAUGGAGAGGAGGACUGAACUGGGUGCUAUAGUUUUCAGUGACUAAGAGAUAGUGGCAGGGCGAUACAAGGUGGUGAGUGGAAUGAUCUGAGUCUCAGAGGAGCAGAGCUUUUGGUACCAGGACACCAACCCCACCGAAGAGGACAUUGGAAAGAACUGAAGAAGAGGCAAGGUCCUUCAGGGGGAGCCACAUUUAAACCCAGAAGAGAAAAAACAUACAUGGGAGAGACAGAAGACAUAGAGAACUUUAUUGACCAAGGAACAGUGAGAAAGUUUGGACAGAGAAGCAGUUGGAGGCUUUAAAGAAGUACAAAAUAUGGAGGUAGUAUAUGGGCAAAGACAGCUGAUGAGAAGCUUAUUAAUUAUUGUCCUUAGGAUGUUCUUAAUGUGAAUGGUAGUUUUAAGUUUCUUUCUUACAUAGUCCUUGGGAAGACAAUACAAGAUAACAAGAUUGAAACUUAAAGUUGUCUGGUUGCAAGUUAUCAGAAGAACCAAACUAAAAAAUCAAACUGCCCACAAAAGUAAAAGGAAAUAAAAUAGCAUCCCAUGAGAAAAAAACAUAUUUCAGGGUAGUAAAAGAAUCAACAAAGUGAAAUAAAAGGAUAAAGGGAAAAUUAAAUCUUUAGACAUAUGCCAUGUAACUAACUUGUAUUAGAAUAUUCUGAAUUCUGAUUUAAGAAUUAAUACUCCUAGGAAAAAAAGAGGACAACUAAGAAACAGGCUCUUAACCAUAGAAAACAAACUGAUGGGUACCAAAGGGGAGAAGGCGGAGGAGAUGGGAGAAAUAGCGAUGGGGAUUAAGGAGGGCACUUGUGUUGAGCACUGAGUGUUGUGUAUAAGAGUUGAAUCACCGGAAACUAAUAUUAUACUCUAUGUUAACUAACUGGAAUUUAAAUAAAAACUUGGAAAAAAAGGAAUUGAUUACACCUAGGCAAAUUGUCACUAACAUAUUGUCAUAAACAUAUUAUUUAUGUUUAUCCUGUUUUUUUCUGUAUGCUUACUUUAGAAAAUAAUUCAUUUCUGGGGUGCCUGGGUGGCUCAGUUGGUUGAGCGUCUGACUUCAGUUCAGGUCACGAUCUCACAGUUGGUGAGUUUGAGCCCCGCGUCGGGCUCACUGCUGUCAGCCUGUCAUCCUCUCUUUGCCCCUCCCUGUUUACUCUCUCUCUCUCUCUCAAAAAAUAAAUUAAAAAAACACUUAAAAAAUAAAAAAGAGCAAGUAUCUCUUGUACCUGUACAAAAACUAUCCAAAAUCUUAAAAUCAUAUUUAUAUGAAUUUGAUUUAUAUAAAUUUCAUGGCAUCUGAAGCCAUGAAAAGCCAGAGAAAGUAUGUAUAAAGUACAUAACACUCUUUGUAAGUUAAAGCAUUGUUUACAGCAAAUUGUGUCUCCAAGUCCUGUAAUAUUUGGAACGUGUGACAUAAGUUUUGAUGUCCUUGUAGUUAUUCUUUCAAAUUCUGCCACUAGAAUAAGGUAUGUGGGGUCAGUAACCAAGUCACCUGUUUACAUUGGAGGAUGGAGAGAUGAUGGAGAAAGACAUUUAUACAUCUUGGGCGUUAAGUGUUUCUUUUUCCUUCUAAGACUAAACAUUUUUUUAAAUAUUUAUUUUGAGAGAGCAUGAGCAAGGGAGGGGCAGGGAGAGAGGAGACAGAGAAUCCCAAGCAGGCUCGCACUGUCAGUGCAGAGCCCUAUGUGGGACACGAUCUCAUCAACUGUGAGAUCAUGACCUGAGUCGAAAUCAAGAGUCAAAUCGAAAUCAAGUGAAUUAACUGACUGAGCCACCAGGCUCAGUAAAUGUGUCUUAAAGGAAUGAUCUUAUAUAUUCAAUUCCUGAGUAAUUUACUGCCUUGAAAAAGUCCAGAAAUCUUAAGGGUGUCAUUCAGUUUGCUUGAGUACUUCCCAGUGACAAAGCAAAGAAAUGGGCUGUAGUGAAGCUUUUAUAAAUGGAUACAGUCAGGUAGUGUAGUGUUUUUAAGUCAGUCCAUUCGUUCUAGCAAAGAAAACUUUUCCACAAAUUAUGCUAAAGUUAUACACUAGAUUGAGUAAAAUAAAGGAGUCCUGCCACUAAUGAAUCACUGUAUUUCAUUUGUUUGCGUUUUCUUCUGGUCCUAGUCCAUUAUACAGAUGCUUGUCCUGAGCGGUCAGUGCUGAGUUGCAAUUCUGUCCUCCUUUUCCCUCUUAGUGUUUGUAGGUAUGUCUUCAUAUUGGUUGUUUUGUAUGACAGUCCCAUAUUUUAUCACAUAAUACCCUCUAAUCCUGUAGUUUUAAAUUUUAAAUGUUUUAAUCUUGGCUUCUUCUAAAUUUCGUUUCCCACUCAAUGUCAAAAAACCCAAAAGCCCAAAACAAUAAAACUUAAGAUUAAAUCCACUUUACCUUGUCACUUUAGGUUUGUAACAUUAAGACUCAAA